AAGCUGUCAUGCCCCAGAGAGGAAGUGGUCUCUGUUGGAUCGCUACGCACGACUCAAACAUCCACGGGUCCUCCUGGAUUGUAAAGAAUGCAGAGAAAGAUUCCUAAAAAUGUUCCUACUUCCAAAAUAGCUGACAGAAGAGCCCAAAAUGGACUGCGUCAUCCUAUUUUUAUUAGUGCCAUUCCUCAGAGCCAUUUGUGAUUGAGGGCUCUUGUGCAGAUAAGAGCUGGUUCCAAUUAAAAGACAAGUAUCAAUACCAUUAUGUGCAUUUCUAUAAGCGGGCAGCUCUCUGGAGAAUCCUCUGGCAUCUGACUUGAUGAUUUCCUAGUGCAAAUAGUUUUUUAUGUUAGUUGUCAAAUUGGAAUUAUGGGUUUGUUUGGAGGAGGUGAUAAGGAGGGAUUGGCUGUUCAAACUGGUGGGCAAAGAAACAUUCCCUGUUGGGAAUACAGACACAAAAGCAACCAUACAUAUUGAGGCGGUCACUGGGUUUUCCUAUGAGUACACACUGGAGAUCAACGGAAAAAGUCUCAAAACAUUUUUGGACAACCGAUCAAAGAUUUCCAAAACAUGGGUGCUGAAACUGGAUGAUGCUGAUUACAGGAUAGUUCUAGAGAAAGACACUAUGGAUGUAUGGUGCAAUGGACAGAAAAUGGAGACCACGGGGGAGUUUACCGAGAAUGGAACGGAGACACACUUUGCAGUGGGGAACCGUGAAUGCUGCAUAAAAGCAACAACUAGUGGAAGGAAACGGAAUGGAAUAGUUCAUUCCCUACUGGUGGAUGGAAUCAGGAUAGAAGAGGCCAUUGAGUAAAAUGGAGGCUAAUAGAAUUCAGAUGUGCCAGACAUUUACCAACAGUGAGAAUUAGAUACAGAUGGCACUGAAAAGGUUUUUUUUCUGUUCAAUAAAUCCAGUAUGUUUGCAUUUGUUCAGAGUAUGGACAAGAACAUUUAAAGUUAUUAAAGGUCUUAAAGUAUCCCAUUUAUUAUAAAUAAAUUACACAUUUUGUGAAAAUGAGA